UCAAACAAUGUCUGAUAUUUAGUUAAAUAAAUAAUCAUGAGCUAUUUCAGCACAAAUUCACCAAAUGCUGUAGCUCUGCGCUAAACGCUAUAUUUUUUACUAUUGUUUUGUUCUAGUUGUCGUGCAAUAUAAAAUUUUUUGCACCUGCUUUUUUUGCGGUGUUCAAGAUUUCGUUUGUGGUUUUGAUUAUUUUGCUACCAUCGAUCAAUUUAGUACAAAAACAAUUGCCGCGAUGAAACUUAAUUCAGUAUUUUUGCAAAUUACUUGUCUGGGACAUCAUUAUGACUCCACCCGAAAAAGCUGAAGAAAAUAAUUCUGAAAAUCAGGCUCAAGAACUUUCUUACUUCGAUCGAGUUUUGUCGAGAAUGACAGCCUCUAGACCUCCAAGUAGUCUUUUCCAAACCGGGCUGGCAACUCCGGAUCCCGACAGCCAGAGCAACGCCAGUGGCGGCGUCAUCCAACACCCGACAACAUCUGACAACAACCGGAACAACAGCAGCGGUCAACCCGGGGAACAUUUAAUCCAGGGUUCCAAAAACCGAUGGCUCAAGACGAAAAUUUUCAGACUGAAAAACCAGACUUUAGGCGCAUGUCGGCCAGUUUUUAAUGAGAAAUCAGCCUCAAUUCUAUUUUUUGCGAUCGCGUUGAUAUUUAUUCCAAUUGGAUCUAUUUAUAUAAAAUUCAACAAAGAUAUGAAUGAGAUCACUUUGGAUUACACAGACUGUUAUGCAGACGAUGGGACAAACUGCAAGAGUUUCGUGCUCGAUAUAAAUAAUCAGAUGAACGGUCUGUCUUGCGAGUGCAAAGUGAACUUCUCUAUAUUCACCCACAUGGACAAAGAUGUCUACAUGUACUACGGGCUGAAUAAGUUCUACCAAAACCACCGAAGGUAUGUGGAAUCCCGUGAUGACAACCAACUUCUGGGCCGAGACAUCGCCAAUCCCUCCGACAACUGCGACCCAUUCAGCAAGGCCUUCGACAAAAACCUCAACGAAACAUUACCCGUAGUCCCUUGUGGAGUGAUCGCAAACAGUCUCUUCAAUGACACUUUCAAAGAACAGAUUUUCCUUUUUCUCCAGCUAUUAAACUUGAAGAAAAAAAAAUUAGUGAGGGAGGAAUUGAAAAAUCUUGCCGUUCAGCUGGACUGUCUAGUCGAGGGGGGACCUUCAGUUCCGGUUCCUCUCCUCAAAACCGGAAUUGCCAGAAGUGAAGACAAGAAUCACAAAUUCAAGAAUCCGACGGGCACUGGAAAGCCGCCUUUCGCAGGAACUACGAAACCUGCAAACUGGCACAAGUACAUCUGGGAGCUAGAUCCAGACAACCCAGGCAAUAACGGCCUGGUCAACGAGGACUUGAUAGUCUGGAUGCGAACCGCUGCAUUCCCCCAAUUCCGCAAACCACAUCGAAGAGUGGACCACAACACCGAAGCAUUUAAAAACGGAUUGCCCACUGGAGCUUACAUCUUGUAUGUUAACUAUUCCUACCCUGUCAGUCAGUUCAAAGGAAAAAAAUCGAUUAUUCUAACCAGUAAAACAGUGGUCGGAACUUUCGAUGCGUUCCUAGGUGUGAUGUAUAUAGUAGCUGGAGUGCUGUCAUUUUUCAUGGGGAUUUUUGUGGUGCUGCUUCAUUUUAAGUAUUCGCUGUCGAAGCGAAUAAUGCAGGCGAAUCCGGAGCCGAAAGACCUCGGAUCAAGCAUGGCACAUCUGAAAGAAAAAGUGAAAAGCAGCGUAAGAGCUCGUUCCUCCAGACCUCAAAUGACCAACUGAAAAGCAGUUUAAAAAAUACUAUAAAAUGGAUAGUUAUUUAAAAAGAAUUGAUUCAAUUUUA